UUACUUGCUAAACUUCAUCAAAAAAUAAACUGUUCAACUUAACACAACGGGAAAAUGAUCUUGGAAAUCGAAGAAGAUUUGCGAGAUUUUGCGACGGUUUACAAGAAAGAUUAUUCUCAAAAAAAAGCUGAAAAAUUAACCAAAUAUAGAUCGUUAAUAGAUUAUCCACCUUUUAAUAUCUUGAGCGGACCGUACAAGCAGUACUUGAACACGCGACUAGAAAAUCAAUUGUUGCCUCACAUUGAACAGAGCGAAGAUCCAGAGGACAACUUAAACAGAAUGCGCGACAAGUUUCCCCAUUUGAAAAAAACUUUGCCGCAAAUUGUGCCGGACGAAAAUAUUAUAGAACGCGAAAAAAAAAUAUCACGGAAGAGCGUGUAUCAAGUGGAUUAUUUGAAGGAAGUUGAUCACGUUAUUAGAGAUGUCAAACUGCCAGAAGACUGGAUGAUACCUGAAACACUUCAAAAACGCUCGUACCGAAAUCCGUGGAUGAUCGCAACGAAAGACUUGCUAAAACGGCCAAAAUCUCUCAAACCACGUGACAACUUGGAUCCCAAUGUUACAGAACGAGCUAUUCUCCGUGUUACGUACGUGAGAGUUGUACAAAUAUUCAAACAAAUUCAGACAAUUGUCAUAUCAUCUUUACUACGCAAAGACAUGAAAGAAAUAUUAUAUUUCUCUUUUGCAUAUAGAACAGGAAAUUCCGAGUAUAUUGACGCAAUAGGAGCUAUAGGAGAAAGAAUUAUGCAACAAGCCUCAUCCGAAUUACAAGAACGCGUCAAAUCGCAAGUCGUUACGAAAUUCUGAAAUAUUCGAGUAAAUUUCGACAUAUAUGCGACCGUUAGGAUAAAAACAUUUGACUCUCCCAUUAAAAGUAACCUAAACUAUUUUUAAGUUACAAUUUAACAGUUUGGACAUAAGUUCACAUUUGCAUGCAAAGUGUCAAAAUCGCAAAUGAAAAAUAUAAAAAUAACUAGAAAAAUCCUUUCAUAUUUUUCAUACAAUAAUGAUGAUUCCACUUAUAUAACAUCGCUUGUGUAUAUUCGAUAAAAAUUAAAUUAUAUGCUAAAAGUACUUAUAAUUACAGCUGUACAGAUCAAGGAUUAAAAUACCAUGCAAUUUCGCUGAAUUAUUGCGGUUCAAGUUACCAUUCUUAAGAACUUAAAAAGCUUUGCAGUUAUCACAUACUUUCCUUAUAUCCAAAGAUCAAAAACUUCAGCGAAAUAAUACUGACUUUAAUCCCUUGUUACAAAUUCCUUUCAUACAUUCAUAUUAGUACACAUAUGUACCAUAAAUUGCUUACUUAUCUUACUUAACUUUUAUUUUCGUGUUAAUUAUUUACAUGUCUCAAAUGUGUCCUACAUUUACAAAACAUUUCCCGCAACUUACGUUGCUCAAUUUUGUGCGUAUUUGAAAACAUAUCUGAUUUUUUAUUAGGCAUUUAUCAAAAUUAUAAUAAUUAAAAGAGAAGAAAGAAAAACUCAUCAUCAAUUAGGUUUAAACAUUGAGCAACGAAUUAUUAAUCUAAUUUUACAGUUUUUGUUGAUACCGAAAUAUAUAUACUUGAUACACAUACAUAAAAACACACACAGAUAAGCAAUUCCCCUAAAAUUAUGUUUGUACAACUUCUGUAAUAUCACCAAAAAAAUUAUUCUUUUGCUUCAGAUAUAUUGAAAUUCUUAUAGGACAAUGUUAAGUGCAAUUUAGACGUAAGUUAACUAAGAUAAUGUACAAAGUAGAAGUAGUUAGAGUAAGAAAACGAUAUAUGUAAGUUG